AUGGUAUCCCGCGCUCUCCUGCUCGCCGCCGUCGUCCUGACGGCCCAGCUGUGCGCGUGCACGGCGUACGCCGUCAGCGGAGGCGAUGGGUUUAGCGUGGAGUUCAUCCACCGUGACUCGGUCAGGUCGCCGUUCCACGACCCGACGCUCACCGCGCCUGCCCGCGUGCUCGAGGCCGUGCGGCGGUCCGCGGCUCGCGCCGCGGCGCUCUCGCGCUACUACGUCCGCGUCGACGCGCCCUCAGCUGACGGCGGCGUCGUGUCCGAGGUCACGUCCAGGUCGUCCGAAUACCUGAUGGCCGUGAACAUAGGCACGCCGCCCACUCCUAUGUCGCCGGGCGUCCAGUUCGACCCCUCCAAAUCGACGACGUUCAGCCUCGUGGACUGUGACUCCGGCGCGUGCGGCGAGCUGCCCGACGCAGCCUGUGGCACCGACUCCAAGUGCAGGUACUCAUACUCCUACGGCGACGGCUCCCACACAAGCGGCCUCCUCUCCACAGAGACCUUCACCUUCGCCGACGCCCCGGGCGCCCGCGGCGAUGGGACGACGCGCGUGGCCCACGUCAACUUCGGCUGCUCCACGACCUUCGUCGGCACGUUCAUCGGGGACGGCCUCGUCGGCCUCGGCGGCGGCGACCUCUCCCUCGUCAGUCAGCUCGGCGCAGACACCUCGCUGGGCCGGAGGUUCUCCUACUGCCUCGUGCCCUACUCCGUCAUGGCCUCCUCCGCGCUCAACUUCGGCCCCCGGGCCACCGUCACGGAUCCGGGCGCGGCGACGACGCCGCUGAUCCCAUCCCAAGUGAAGGCAUACUACACCGUCGAGCUCCGGUCCGUCAAGGUCGGGUACAAGACCUUCGCGGCGCCGGACCAGUCCCCCGUCAUCGUCGACUCCGGCACGACGCUCACAUACCUCCCGGAGGCGCUUUUAGACCCACUUGUGAAGGAGCUGACACGGCGGAUCAAGCUCCCGCCUGCCCAGUCGCCAGAAAAGUUCCUGCCGCUGUGCUUCGACGUGAGCAGGGUGCGGGAGGGGCAGGUUGCGGCCAUGAUCCCUGACGUGACGCUGGGGCUGGGCGGCAGCGUUGCGGUCACGCUGAAGGCGGAGAACACGUUCGUGGAGGUGCAGGAGGGGAUCCUGUGCUUGGCGGUGGCGGCGAUGUCGGAGCAGUUACCGGCGUCGAUCAUCGGGAACAUCGCCCAGCAGAACAUGCACGUUGGGUAUGAUCUCGACAAGGGCACCGUGACCUUCGCCCCAGCAGACUGCGCGAGUUCCUACCCCGCCCCCUCACCCUCCGGUUCUGUGUAG